UAGUCAACACAAGUUUGUUUUACAGGACUCAGCUAGGGCCGGGAUAAGAGGCAGUGGUGGAUCUGGACGCCGCAAGUUGUGGAAACGUGAAGCCAACGGGUGCAGCCCAUCACAAGGAGCUGCCCAGGGACUUCCCUACUGCCAGAAGACACUGAUAGAGACUCAAACUGAGAGGGGGGGGAUCACUGGGCAAACACAAAUAUGGCUGCUAAAUCUCUGCCCUUUAUCUGCCUUCUCUGCAUCCUCUGUGGGACUGCCUGCUCAGCUUCUGCUGCCCGGCCAGGGGAACAACAGCAGUCAGUUCUCAAAGUUUGUGGUAGGGGAUUUUUCGUCAGUGAGCAAAACACAUGCCUGCCAUGUAACUGCAAGGGGCACGCUGACUACUGUGAAGACAUCACUGGCAUUUGUAUAAACUGCAAGGACCACAGCACAGGUGAUUUCUGUGAAAUGUGUGAAGACGGCUACAUUCUGACUCCUGACCUGGGUGGGCUCCACACCUGCCAACCAUGUGCCUGCCCUCUCCCCAUCCCAUCCAAUAACUUUGCAGUGCACUGUGACAAAGGAGGUACCACUCUACGGUGCAAGUGCCAAGAAGGCUACGCUGGACAUUACUGUGAGAGAUGUGCUCCAGGUUACUAUGGCAACCCAAUGACGAGUGGUAGUUCCUGUAAAAGGUGCGACUGCAACGGUAACUCUGACCCUAACUUGAUUUUCAACGAGUGCCACAACGUGACGGGCCACUGCCAGCACUGCUGGGGAAACACUGCCGGCGCCAACUGCGAGAGGUGCGCCCCGGGUUUCUAUGGCGACGCCAUCAAUGCCAAGGACUGCAGAGAGUGUGAGUGUAACAAAUGUGGCACCUCUUCAUGCGAUGACAGGACAGGAGUGUGUCACUGCAAGCCGGGAGUUACUGGACGACUGUGUGACCAGUGUGAGGAGGGCUACUCUGGUUUCUCCAGCUGUCUGGGCUGUCAGAGGUGUGACUGUGGGCCGGCUUCCAUGCGGCCCACCUGCCAUCCUCUCACCCACAGCUGUCCAUGUCGCCCGGGGGCUGGAGGUCGUUACUGCCAACGCUGUCUCCCAGGAUACUGGAAUUACGGCCCCUCUGGCUGCCAGAAGUGUGACUGUGAGAGUGGCUUCUGUGACAUGCAUACAGGAGACUGCUUGGCAGAGUCUUCAACAGUCAACCUGUGCAACAUCAGUUGUGAUAAUAAUUGCAUCUGGCAUCUGAUUGGGGACUUGCGGCUGUCCAAUAACACACUCGACCGGCUAAAGGUUGGAGUGUUGAACAUCUCCACAGGUGCUGCUGCUAAUGACAGACUGAAGUACUACAACUAUACUGCUCAUCGACUACAGACUCAGUAUCAAGUUUGGAGAAACAAGUCCUCAGCAGUGCAGGACCAGACUGGGCAGCUGAGAGAGGCCACAGAUGCUGUGGUGCUGGACAUCAGACAGCUGGGGAAAUCGGAAAGCGUGGUGAAGAUUCUGGGGGACAUGUUGGAUAACGACACGCUGGAGACCGUCACCCAAGCUGAGCAGCUCAGGACAAAUCUCACUGAUCUCAACAUCCGCAUCGAAGAGAUGAUCCAUGACUGGGAGCUGUAUGGCGUCCAACAGGAUGUGGAUCCUGAGGAGGUGAGACAGAGCACAGAGGAAGCUCAGGAAAUGGUGACGUGGAUGAGGAAACUGGACCUUUCUCCACGAGAGCCAGUCGCCACUGAUGAGUCAACAGAGGCCCAUGACUUGCUGAGGCGCAUUCGUCAGUUGGAAAAGAAGUUGAUGACCACAGACAGCCGCCUCCCAUCUGUCAGAGAGAUCUUGUCUCGCUUUUCCGGCAGGCUGUCAGAAGCUCAAGGCUUUCUUCUGAAAGCAGCCAGCAGUGUGCAAGAGACGGAGGACAAGAACAGAGCCAGUGUCCUGAAAUUCCAGAGGCAUGAGGCGAAGCAGCAGAGGCUAACAGAGGGCCAUGUUACUGUCAACGACACUCUGGAAGCAGCCCAAGAUUUCCUCACUGAAACUGAGAGGACUGUAGCUGAGGCAGAUGCUUUUGUGCAGAACGUGACUGAGUACCAUGCAGCGAUUGAUGGUGCCAGCCAAAAGCUGACAGAGAAGAUGGAGCGCCUCUCGCUGGUCGACAGAGAUCUGGUUCAGAAGGCUGACGAGCACGCCAAGGAUCUGGAGAGACAGGCCAAUGAGCUGGAAGAGGAUCUGAGAAAAAGUGAUGCCAAUGGCUUUGUACAGAGGGCCAUCAGUGCUGCCAACGUCUACAACAACAUAGUGAAAUACACUGACGAUGCCAAUAUCACCUCACUCACCACCUUCAACUUAUCCCAAAGAAUUGAAGAUGCCACCAAUGGGAUCAAUACGCAGCUUGAAUACCUCAUAACACAGAGUGACAAUGUUUUCAAGGAAUCUGUUUCACUGCGUUCAGAGCAAAUCGAGGUAAAACAUGACGUGACUGACAAACUAAAAUACAUCGAGGAGACCAAAGAGAGCAUGGAUAAAAACCUGAAAAAACUGUCAGAAAUUGUGCAGGACAUCAGUGAACUCCAAACAGACAGAACGCCACAACGUCUGGAGUUUACCCUGGAAGUGGCCGAAGGAACUCUGAACCGCUCAGCAGAAGUUCUUAAGUCCAUCAUCCCCAUUAGCAGCAAAGUAGAGGAGUGGGACAACAACAUGAGGAAUAACGAAUAUUCCACAGCUGCAUAUGAACAGGCCGUUGCCUCUGCAGGGGCAGCAGUGGAGAACCUGAAUGUUCUUGUUCCUACACUGCUGGACAAGCUGAAGGUGGUUGAAGAUAAGAAGCCUGUCAGCAACGUGACCACCAACAUCAUGAGGAUCAGAGAGCUCAUAGCCCAGGCCCGGAGUGUGGCCAAGAAAGUCCAGGUUUCCAUGAAGUUCAACGGACAGUCCUCAGUGGAGGUUCAUCCACACAGCAAUCUGGAAGAACUGAAAACAAUGACAUCCAUCAGCCUAUUCAUGAGGGUGGACCCUGACCAGGAUCCCAUAGAGGACCGAUUCAUCCUAUACUUGGGAGACAGAAAUGGUAGGAAAGAUUACAUGGGCUUGGCCAUAAAGAAUGACAACCUGGUGUUUCUCUAUAAUCUUGGAGGUGAAGAUGUAGAGAUCCCAUUGGGUUCAAAGCCUGUUAGCCAAUGGCCAGCAGUCUUCAACUACAUCAAAAUAGAGAGGCUGGGCAGGCAUGGAAAAGUCUUCCUUACCAUCCCAAGCCAGAGUUCCACUGACGAGCAGAAGUUCAUCCAGAAAGGCGAAGCUCCAGGCACUGACUCACUGUUUGACAUCAACCCCAAAGAUCUGGUGUUCUUUGUUGGGGGAGUCCCACCAGAUAUCAAGCUGCCGCCUCCUUUGAGUCUCGCACCUUUCGUGGGCUGUAUUGAGUUGGCAUCAUUGAACAACGACAUCAUCAGUCUUUACAAUUUCAAAGAGACUCACAAAAUCGAUGUAGUUACGUCUCCACCGUGCCCCAGGUACAAGUUGGCAUUUUCACAGAGCCGCAUUGCAAGCUACCUAUUUGACGGAACGGGCUACGCGCUCAUCAAUGACAUCGAGAGGAGGGGAAAGUUUAGUGUUGUCACAAGAUUUGAUAUUGCAGUACGAACAAUUGCAAGUGAUGGUGUCCUUUUCCUCAUGGUCAACGGGGAUAAAUUCUUUCUUUUGGAGUUAAAGAACGGCUUCCUGCGUCUGAUGUAUGACUUUGGCUUCAGUAACGGUCCAAAGCUUUUGGAGAACAACUUACCAAAGCUGCAAAUAAAUGAUGCAAGAUACCACGAGGUGUCAGUGAUAUACCAUCAGUCAAAGAAGGUUAUACUGCUGGUGGACAAGAGUCAUGUUAAAUCCAUGGAGAACCCAAAGACCACCCUGCCCUUCUCAGAUAUUUACAUAGGUGGGGCCCCCUCCAGCAUCCUGAAAUCCAGGCCAGAGCUGUUCGCUGUGGUUGGUCUGAAAGGCUGCGUGAAAGGAUUCCAGUUCCAGAGAAAAGACUUCAACCUGCUGGAGGAGCCUGGCACCAUUGGCAUUAGCAGCGGCUGCCCCGAGGAGUCCUUUAUGUCCCGUAAAGUUUAUUUCUCUGGAGAGAGCUACCUGGGAUCCACAGCAAAGUUUUCACCUUUUGACAACUUUGAGGGAGGACUCAACUUCAGAACGCUGCAGCCCAGCGGACUCCUGUUCUACCACAGCGAAGGGUCUGAUGAGUUCAGCAUCUCCCUGGAGAAUGGUGCAUUGGUCCUGAUCAACAGAGGCACAAGGGUCAAAUCAAACAAGAAACAAUACAAUGACGGAAGGACACACUUCUUACUUGCUUCAGUGAACAAUCAGAAGUACUCAUUGCUGGUGGAUGACAAAGACAAGCAGGAAAAGAAGCGGCCAUCAUCAGCCACGAGAUCGUCAUCGGAUUCCGCUGUGAAGACCUUCUACUAUGGAGGAUCUCCAAGCAGCAGUUUCAAGAACUUCACGGGUUGCAUCAGCUAUGCCUACAUCAACAGACUAGACCGUGACAUUGAGCCUGAGGACUUUCAGAGAUACCCAGAGAAGGUCCAGACUUCCCUGCAGGACUGUCCGGUACAGCACUCCCCUGCUGCACUGCUGUCAAGGCACAUGGCUAACACUUCUAGAACCAAACUGAGCCAGUCACAGAAGGUUACCAGAGAUAAAUCUAGCCUCCCUUCAGAGCUGACAGAACUAAGGAGUGAUGACCAGGAUUCAGCUCAGCCGAACAUCGAGUCCUGCUUCCUUUCCUUAAGUCCCAGAUCGACCCACCAAGCCUUCUGGUUUAGCAGCAUCGCCAACAGCAGGCAGCACUACACAGACUUCCCAGACUCCCUUUCUCAGAGGUCCCACUUCUCCUUGUCACUGAAGACCCACUCAUCCUUUGGCCUCAUCUUUUAUGGAUCUGAUGUCCAAGAGGACAAUUUCAUGGCUCUCUUUCUGGCCCAUGGGAAGCUUGUGUACACUUUCAAUGUAGCAGACCAAAGAGUUAAAAUCAAGAGUGAAGACAAAUACAAUGAUGGUGCAUGGCACAGUGUUAUUUUUAUCCGUGAUGGAAGUGUGGGGCAAUUAAUAAUUGAUGGGCUCACAGUGCUGGAAGACAGAGUUCAAGGAAGCAACGCCUCCUGGCACAUCAGCAGCCCCCUGUAUGUUGGAGGAGUUCCUCCAGGGAGAGCCCAGAAGAAUAUUCAGAGAAACUCUGCAUACAGCUUUACUGGCUGUUUAAAGAACCUUCAGCUCGAUGGACAGCAGCUUUCCUCUGCGGCAGACACAUUUGGAGUCACUCCGUGCUUUGAGGGAGUCUCUGAGGCAGGAACAUACUUCUCAGAGGAAGGAGGCUACAUUGUCCUGGAUGAUUCGUUCAAUCUGGGACUGAGGUUUGAGCUGGUGAUGGAGGUGCGCCCUCGUGUGGCAUCAGGGGUGCUACUGCAUGUGCACUCAGCUGAGGACUAUUUCACUGUAUACAUUCACCAAGGAGCGGUGGGGGUUCUUGUGAAUGAUGGGACUCACGAGUUCUUCACAAAGGUGUCACCAAGACAGGGAGUGUGUUCGGGCGCUUGGCACAGAAUUACAGUGAUACGGGAUGCCAACGUGGUCCAGCUGGAUGUGGAUUCUGAGAUCAACCACGUGGUGGGCCCUCUGAACCCCAGCUCCACAGACAGCAGAAAGCCAGUAUUUAUUGGUGGAACUCCAGAUCGCUUCCUUCCAGAAAGCGCCGCUACCAGGAAGGCCUACGUGGGCUGCAUGAGAAACCUGACAAUCAACAACAGCCGCGUGAACUUCAGCAAAGCGGUUCUGGUCAGUGGAGCUGUCAGUGUUGGAUCCUGUCCAGCAGCAUAGCAUUUCUAUCUCACCUAAACAAAGACCAAACACAUUGUAGAAACCUCGUAUCAUCAUUCUUCUUACUUUCUGACACGUUCGUGUGCUCGUUUCAUCUAUAACUUGUUUUUUUGUUUCUCGACACCAAGACCGAAACAUCCAGAUUCAGUUACAGCAAAACCACCUUAUAAGGAAACAAAUCAAAUGUUUUCUUCCAUUCCUACUAUAUGAAACACACACUGACUGCAUUACUCUAUGUUCCAUUACUCCACUUUAUUAUCUUGGUGGCACAUGUGUUUUUGUACAAGCUCAUUCUCAAAGCUUUCUUAUUUGUACUGUUUUAUUUCUGAUAAUAAAUAACAUUUUACCUCCA